CUAGGAGGCCCUCAACGCAUGAUAACCAGGGCCUGUCUAAUGUUGAAGUCCAUGAACAUAUAGAACUACCUUCCCACUCAACAAGAGAUGCCACAGAUGCCAGCAGUACUGUUGUUUUAGAAGGUGAUGACAGGCCUUUGUCCAAUUGCAUGAAAAACAAUGAAUCAUUGCAGGAAAGCUGUGAGAAUUUAUGCCAGGAUUAUGUUGGAGAGGCUGCUGUUCUUCUAGAAUUUCCUGAACUUAAUGAUGUCAAUGAUAAACAUGCACACACCGGAUACUCUAGUUUGCUCGAGGAUUGGACAAGUUGCAACUUGCCUUCAACUAAAGUGCUUAAUUCUGUGAACACUGAAAAAUUACUAAAUAAAGACAAUAUAGAUACUAAUAAGAUGUGCAGUGAUCUCAUUGUAGAUAUUGUUGAUUCACUUGAUGUAACAAGUGCUUCAAAUGAUGGUUUUGUAUCCAAGAAGAAUGAGCCAUUGACAGAGCAUCUAGCAAUGAAAAAUGAUAAUGCUACUGGUGACAGCUGUAAUGUUAAGCCUCUGGUGAUGCAGGAUCAGAGCAAAAAAGAAAAUUCAGAAGAAAAAAUCAAGGAAAAUGUGAAUUGCAAUAACAAAAAUGAGAGUGAUAAGUUGCCAAGGAUGACAAAAGAGUUUCUGAAACGGCUUUGUAAGCAGAAUAAAUUGUACCUGACACCCUACCUUAAUGACACUCUCUAUUUACACUUCAAAGGUUUUGGGAAAAUAGAGAAUUUGGAUGAGUAUACAGGCCUCAAGUGCAUCUGGCUGGAGUCUAAUGGCAUCAGGAAGAUAGAAAACUUAGAACAUCAGACUCAAUUGCGAUGUCUCUACAUGCAUCAGAAUCUCGUGGAUCAGAUAGAGAAUCUGGAGCCUCUGCAAAAUCUUGUCACUAUCAAUCUCAGCCAUAACUACAUUACUAAACUACAAAACCUGAGUUGCUUGCCAAAUUUGGAGACACUACAGAUGUCACACAAUCGUCUCCAGACAAGCGACAACAUUGCGCAUUUGCUUGACUGCCAUGCGUUGCGCAUUCUUGAUCUCUCUCACAACAGACUAGAUGAUGUGAAAGUGAUGGAUGUCUUUGGGGAUAUGACUAUGCUCAGAGUCCUGAAUAUCAUGGGCAAUUCAGUGAAGAGUUCCAUACAGAACUACCGGAAAAUGUUUACAUUAAGAAUCAAGCAGCUUCAGUACCUGGAUGAUCAGCCCGUCUUUCCACGCGAUAGAGCCUGUGCAGAAGCCUGGGAAAAGGGAGGUCGUGAAGCAGAGAGUAUGGAACGUCAAAGGUGGAUCAACAAGGAACGUGGCAAGAUUCAAGCCAGUGUUGAUGCUCUUGCAGACAUGAGGUACAAAGCUAGAGCCAGAAGGGAACGUGAACAGGAGCAACCUUUAAACAUAGAGUCAGGAGUAACUUUGGUGGACCAGGAAGGGUUAGAGACUUCAGAAGAUGAACGGGCGUCAGAAGUAACCUCGGACGAUUCAGAUACCUCAGAUGGUUCAGAGACCUCAGAGGAUUCACUGAUGUCAGAAGAAGCAGUGACAUCAGAAAAGGCCGCAACCUCAGAAGAGUUAGUAACAUCAGAAAAGGCAGUGACCUCAGAUGAAGCAGUAAUGUCAGAAAAAGCAGUGACCCCAGAAGAGGCAGCAUUACCAGAGCCUGUCCUACUGAAUUGCAAUAAAACCACAUCAGAUGUUAAAGGCAUUUUCAGUAGUAGAAGAAAAGAAGAUGCUGGUGCUUCAAUUGGUCAGUUGCUGAUCUCAAAAGCAGUUGAGAAGACUCUACAUGAGGAAGAUGUGUUCACCACAGAUGUGCCAGAUGAUAGCUCAAUAGACACUCUGACCCUGAAUACUCCAGUUGAUGCCAGCUUAAAGGUCUCGACGGUUCUCGAAAGUUCGGUCUCCAAGGUCGAAGGUCAGCUCAAAGGUCUCGAAGGCCUACAAUCUACAUACUUCACACUGAACAGAUGUCAGCGUUCAAAAGUAACCAGAGAAAUAGCCUUAAAAUUCAACUUCUGCUGA